AUGAUGCAAAAGCCACGUAUACGCCACAAGCCUCCCCCUCUCGAGCACUUCCCCUCGCUUGAGUCCUCGAAUUCCGGGCCUCCACCCAUCGUUGCUCCCAUGAGCUUCGGUCACCUUCUUUCCGCCGACUUGGUCGAAGCGCCGUACGUUCCGUCUCGCGUUCAACCCCUCGCGGAAGAUUCGACGCAUGGGUACGGCUCGCAUGCGACAUUCGUCGGAAAUUGCGACGGAACAAGCGACGCUUUCGCGUGUUCCGCGCAGCCGAAGUCUCCUGCGCGACCGAUGAUCGACAUCAACCACCCUCCUUCUUCGCUCCUCGAGUCUGCGUCACAGGAAUCGUCCCAAGCCCCUGCGACUCCCGCAACGAGCGACGGCUCGAGACCCGUCGUCUGCCAGGGCGUCAACAUGUUUUUCGGUCGCGAAGACGUCGCAGACGCGUCGCAGGGUCUCGCCACCUCGACAGCCGCUCGCACACACCCCACUCGCGUCCCGUCGUUCGCGAGCCGUCAGCAACCGAUUUCCCUUCAACGAGCGGUUGCGAAUCAACCACUGGAAUGCCCGCAGGUCAGCGACAUCGCGAAUCGUUGGCAGUCGCUCGAGCGAAUGGCGACAAACUACGAGCCUACUAACGUCGUUUCCGGCCCGCAGUCUCCCGCUCCUAAGCCCGUCCUCCCCCGAAGCUUUCGUCAUAAACCCACGAGCCGGAUGUCAGGUCCGGAUAUGAGUGAGAUGGCCGUUGCUUCCUCUCCUGAUUCACGCGCAAUUCACAGCCAGCAGCAUCAGAAUCGACGUCCGCAAAAUCUUUAUCAUCCGCAGAUGCAGCAGCUUUGUCAGCAGAAGCACAGCCAGAAAACGGUCGGACUGCCAGUGGAGGUGACUGGAGGAGGCGACGAGUCGGGCGACCGUUGGGAUUACAGCGAGGGGGACGACGCUGCUGCGACGCAAAAUGAUGGAAUCGCGAAGACCUGCGCGCACUGUGGCACCUCGAAAACGCCCCUCUGGAGAAACGGCCCUCCCGGACCCAAGUCACUGUGCAAUGCAUGCGGCAUUCGGUUCAACAAAAUCCGCAGCGGCAAGCGCAAGGCAUCCCCCCAGGAAGCAGCCAUGCUGCGAGAAUACGAGACUGUCAACCCAGGCUUCGCCAAGCCUCUGCCCCAGUCACCUGUGCAGAAAGCGCGUACCAAGCUUCCUCGCGCUCCCGCUGGUCCGUUUUGUGACAAUUUCGUGUCAGGCACUGGAAUCCCGGCUGGUGUCAAUAGCAGCAACAGCGACUGUGACAGUGAGGAUGGCAGCCCACGGUCUCCGCUUGCCAUGGUUCCCAAUAAUUUCUGCCACGGCCUUCCUGUCCCAGCAGGACUUUCUGCUACUCAGCGUUCCCUGUGGGUCGCCUCGUCUCCUCCUGCCACGGCCUCGGGUACACAAGGGGACCGUACCUGGGAAGCUGAUAGCACGGGAGUUAGUUGCUUGACCCUCCAGGGGACAGGCCCAUUCUCCUGCGCUGGAGCCACAGCGGUGAGUGGUGAUGAUAGCGUCCAUGUCUUUACUGAAGACGCGCAGGAGUACGGCUCUCAUGCGCGACAGGGGAUGUCGGCUGAUGGGGGCUGUGUGCGUGAGGCGCAUGCGACAUUUCAAAGCGACGGGGCAAGCGAUGGAACGAGCGACGUUUUCGCGUUUUCCACGCAACGGAAGUCCUCACAACCGAUGAUUGACAUUAACCACCCGCCUUCUGCGCUCUAUGACUCGACGUCACAGGAUUCCUCACAGGCCCCUGCGACUCCCGCGGCGAGCGACGGCUCCAAACCUGUCGUCUCCCACGGCGUCAACAUUUUUUUCGUUCGCGAUGACGUCGCAGACGCGUCGCUCGGUCUCGCAGCGGCUCGCACACACCCUGCCCUCGUACCCGUUACUGCCGUUUCUGGCCCGCGGUCACCCGCUCCUAGAUCCGCUCUCCCCCACAGCCUUCGUCAUAAAACCGUUAGCCGGAUGUCGGGUCCCUAUGCGAUCAACGAUCCGACGGUCGCGAAUGCAUCAGGAUCGCAUGAACCGCACAGCCAUCAACAGUCGCGCCACAUGCAUGAUCAUGAGCCGCAGAUGCCGCAGCUUUAUCAGCAGAAGCACGUUCGAAAAUCGGUAUGCGUGCCUGAGAUGGCGCAGGAGAAGGUGACUGAUGGCGACGAAUCGCCCGACCGUUGGGACUCGAGCGAAGGAGACGACGCGGCUGCAACGCAGAGUAAUGGAAUCGCGAAGACCUGCGCGCACUGUGGCACGUCGAAAACGCCCCUCUGGAGAAAUGGCCCUCCUGGACCCAAGUCACUGUGCAAUGCAUGUGGCAUCCGGUUCAACAAGAUCCGAAGUGGCAAACGCAAGGCAUCCCCCCAAGAGGCAGCAAUGCUGCGAGAAUAUGACUCCGCAGACCCGGCCUUCUCCAAGCCGCUGCCUCAAUCGCCAGUGCACAAAGCACGCUCCCGGCUUCCUCGCCCUCGUGCUGGUCUCUUUGUUUACAUGCCUUCGUCAUGCUGUGAAGGCCUUCCAUGUGCUGCCACCAGCAGCAACAGUGACUGCGGUAGCCCAGCAGGAGAAGGGCCAGAGGAGGGUGAAGUGUGCGAUGAUUCGACGCCGAUGCAUGCUGGGAAGAAAGCUUGUCUCUGGCAUGAGGAGCAGGAGCUUAAGAAUAAAAUGGAUGAAGAUGAUGUGGUGCUUGGAGCCGAGCUCCUAGUCUCACUGUUUGGCAGCUGCCCAUUGUAA